GCGCCGGCAGUUGGUCGGUGUCCGCACAUAUAGUCUCUCCACUAUCUAAAGGCCUAUUCAAGAGGGCUAUUAUGGAGAGCGGGGCCCAUAUGUAUAAUAAGGACAGGGAUGUGAUCAGUAAACCGGAAGCCUUAGCGAGUGCCCAGAAAUUGGCGGAACAACUGAAAUGCAAUACAACUGAACAAUGGAUACAAUGUUUACGAGGAGUGGACGCAAAAGAAUUCCUAAAAACCGAGGCUUUGCUCACAUUUCCAGUCGAAGGCACAGAAUUUCUUCCCAUUUCUGAACAAAAGGCUUUUGAGACCAAAAAGUUUAAUUCCGAUAUUGAUUUACUGGCGGGCGUGACAUCGGACGAGGGCUCAGGUAUCUCAUCGCUUAUCUUCCAUUAUAUGAAGAAUAUAACGGUCGACGGCUUUAAGGAGUUGAUUACGGAAACCAAUCUUAUAUAUCACGGUUUGGACGCCGAAAAUGUGACACAAUUUUACCUCAAGAAUGUUGACGCUGAAGAUCCCGAUGCUAUUGAACAGGCGUUUGCUGAGUUUAUCAGCGAUUUGCUAUUCAAAUGUCCCACUUACUUGUUUGCCAAACAAUUUGCCACAAAUGCACCUAGCAAAAAUGUGUACUCUUAUGAGUUAACUAAACCGGAUGACAUUUGGCCGCAACUAUUGGUCAGAAAUGAGAUUUCAGUCCGUGAUUUGAAUCCACGGAAUAUGAGUCGAGUAUUGGAUAAUCCCUUUCACACCACUUGUGAUGGCUUUUGGAAAGACUAUUAUUUUAUUGAUGUGAACACGACAUCAGGUGUAGUGAGAGGUCUCACUAUAGAUGUGUUGAACACAAGUGUAGUGAGAGGUCUCACUAUAGAUGUGUUGAACACAAGUGUUGACCAGUUUUUGGGUAUACCUUAUGCCGAACCACCGGUCGGUGCGCUUAGGUUUGCUAAACCAGUGCCACUCACAACACCAAAAAAGGAUGUAAUCGAUGGCACAAAAUUGGGGAACUCCUGUAUGCAAAUAGAGGACCCUGAUGCUAAGAAACUGUUACCAAACUUAACGUAUAGUGAGGAUUGUUUGGUAUUAAAUGUAUGGACACCUAAUGUGGUGAACAAAAGCCUGACGUCAUCUGAAGCACCGGCACUAAAACCAGUGAUGUUUUACAUUCAUGGGGGCGGACUAUCAUCGGGAACAAUAUUUUUCAUGACUGCAUAUAACGGCAGUGUUUUGGCCACACAUGAUGUGGUGAUUGUAUCGACAAAUUAUAGAUUAGGACCGUUUGGCUACUUAUAUGCUGGGGUGGAGUCGGCGCCGGGAAAUGUAGGCUUUUUCGACCAGUUAUUGGCUCUUAAAUGGGUGAGAGAAAACAUUCAUUUGUUUGGCGGGGAUAGGGAUCAGAUCACUAUAUUUGGUGAGAGCGCCGGCAGUUGGUCCGUAUCGGUGCAGAUUUUCUCACCCCUAACAAAGGGCUUAUAUAAGAGGGCUAUUAUGCAAAGCGGUGCUCAUAUGUACAACAAGGACAGGGAUGUAAUCAGUCAAUCAGAGGCUGUACUGCAGGCCAAACAAAUGGCAGUACAACUGAAUUGUACAGAUUCUGGCCAAUGGUUGCAGUGUUUGAGAGGUGUCGACGCCGAGGAAGUCCUAAAGUAUUAUUUAUCCCUCACUUUCCCGGUGUUGGGCACUGAAUAUCUGCCACUUUCCGCGCAAAAGGCAUUUCUGGACAACAAAUUCAACUCAGACAUUGACUUAAUGGCAGGUGUUAUCCAAAACGAGGGGUCGUCCCUCUCGAGUGUAAUCGAGAAACACAUCGAGAAUAUGACUGUCAAUGGGUUUAAGGAGGAUGUCCUCAAAACAGAUAAGAUAUUCCACGGACUGGACGUCCAAAACGUUACCAACUUUUACCUGAAGACUGUUAACCAAUCGGAUCCGGUGGCCAUUCGGUGGGCUUUCUAUGACUUUUUCGGUGACCUCUUCAUGAAGUGUCCGACAUAUCUGUUCGCCAAACAGUUCAAGACUAUCGUCAAAAACCGACAAAAUGUCUACUUUUAUGAACUCACGCAUGAGAACCAAGUGUUGGCCAAACUGUUUGGUUGCGACCCACAGACUAUGGGUGUGUGUCAUGGCAUGGAUAUCCCGUACGUGUUUGGGUUACCCUUCAGAUUACCACAAAUUUUCAAACCUGAAGACGUCCUCCUCAGUCGACAAGUCAUGAAAAUGUGGACCGAUUUCGCAAAAUUUGGAAAACCGGAUGAGGUAUGGCCGCAACUGUUGGAUAAUAAUGUGGUAAAAGUCCGGGAUUUAAAUCCAGUCAAUACAACCCGGGUAAUUAAACAUGAAGUAGGUUUUGUGUGUUUAGUUGUUUGCAUUGAAUGUGCAAAUAGUAUUGAUGUGAACACGACAUCAGGUGUAGUGAGAGGUCUCACUAUAGAUGUGUUGAACACAAGUGUUGACCAGUUUUUGGGUAUACCUUAUGCCGAACCACCGGUCGGUGCGCUUAUGUUUGCUAAACCAGUGCCAAUCAAAACACCAAAAAAGGAUGUAAUCAAUGGCACAAAAUUGGGGAACUCUUGUAUGCAAAUAGAAGACCCUGAUGCUAAAAAACUGUUACCAAACUUAACGUAUAGUGAGGAUUGUUUGGUAUUAAAUGUAUGGACACCUAAUGUGGUGAACAAAAGCCUGUCAUCAUUUGAAGCACCGGCACUAAAACCAGUGAUGUUUUCGAUACACGGAGGAGCUCUAAUCGGUGGCUCAAUAUUUGUACCUGAUCAUAACGGCAGUGUUUUGGCCACUAAUGAUGUCGUACUCGUGGCCACAAACUAUAGAUUAGGUCCGUUUGGCUUCUUGUAUGGGGAUCGGGAGGACGCGCCCGGAAAUGUGGGCUUUUAUGACCAGUUAUUGGCACUUAAAUGGAUUAGAGAUAACAUACAUUUAUUUGGUGGGGAUAGGGAUCAGAUCACUAUAUUUGGUCAGAGCGCCGGCAGUUGGUCGGUGUCCGCACAUAUAGUCUCUCCACUAUCUAAGGAGGGCUAUUAUGGAGAGCGGGCCCAUAUGUAUAACAAGGACAGGGAUGUGAUCAGUAAACCGGAAGCCUUAGCGAGUGCCCAGAAAUUGGCGGAACAAUUGAAAUGCAAUACAACUGAACAAUGGAUACAAUGUUUACGAGGAGUGGAUUCAAAGGAACUCCUAAAAUACGAGGCAUCAAUAACAUUUCCGGUGUUGGGCACCGAAUAUCUUCCCAUUUCUGAACAAAAGGCAUUUGAGACCAAAAAGUUUAAUUUCGGUUAUAAUAACUUUAAGUUUAUUAUAAAUAUUGAUUUAAUGGCCGGAAUGACAUCAGAUGAGGCCUCAGGUGUUAUAAGCCGUACCUUCCCCGACGUACACAACCUAACUGUCGAGGGGUUCAAGUUAUUGGUGUCGACUAUCAAUCAGACAUAUCACGGAUUAGACGCCGAAAAUGUGACACAAUUUUAUCUCAAGAAUAUUGACCCGAAAGAUCCCGGAGAAAUUGUGCGGGCUUUCGAGGUGUUCCUUGGUGAUUUGGCAUUUAAAUGCCCCUCGUAUUUGUUCGCAAAACAAUUUGCCACAAAUGCACCUGGCAAAAAUGUGUACUCAUAUGAGUUGACGUUUGAAAGUCAAUUCAUGACUAAUGCCACUGAAUGUCCACCGGGAAAGGUAUGUCAUAGCGCUGACAUACCAUUUGUAUUUGGGAGACCUUUCAUUAAUCCGGAUCUAUUCAGUCACGAAGAGACUGUUUUCAGUAGAGAUAUCAUGAAAAUUAAACCGGAUGACAUUUGGCCGCAACUAUUGGUCAGAAAUGAGAUUUCAGUCCGUGAUUUGAAUCCACGGAAUAUGAGUCGAGUAUUGGAUAAUCCCUUUCACACCACUUGUGAU